CCGCUGCAUGUGACGUCACGGCUGGGCGGGGCUUGUUUUCAAACCCAGACGCAGGCUCACAGCGAUGAAGAUGGCGGCGCUGGGGUCCGCCAAACCCGCUGGAGUGGGGCAGAGGCGCGCUCCUCUGAGUCUAGAGGAGGUCCGGUGCCCGGUGUGCUCCGAGAUCCUGCUGGAGCCUGUGACGAUGCCGUGUGGACACUCGGUGUGCCUGCACUGCUUCCAGCGCACGGUGAAGCUGAGCAGCCUGUGCUGUCCGCUGUGCCGGCUGCGGGUGUCCAGCUGGGCCCGGAAACAGUCCCGGGAGAAGAGCCUGAUCAACACCGAGCUCUGGGAGCUGAUCCGCCGCAGCCAUCCGGAGAGAUGCCGGCGGAGGCUGGAGCAGAGAGACGGACAGACCGCCGACGGAGAAAUUUUCCGUGCACCUGUACCAAUUCAGAAAUCUGGAGAAAUGCGUCAAGAUUUCGAGAAACAAAAGAUGAAGGGUGGAAGCAAUGAGGAAACCGAAGAGAGAAAGAAAAAAAUCCACAGAAAAGAAGAGUGUGGGAUGCUGAAGCUUUGUCAAUGUCCUUUCUGUGGGCCGUCAGACUCGGAGAAUGAAAAGCCGGUGGGAAAGAGGACCAGACAUGUCUCAGCAUUUGUGCGAAAAACAAGAUGCUCCCCUGCUUUCAAUAGAUGCUGUCUUCAUAGCAGUGCUGUUCAGAGGAGCAGGAGCUGUACAGAUUCUGAGGAUGGAAGAGGAAAAACCAGAGGUCACACACAUCAUGUCCUUCCUGACAAGGCUAUCAUCACUCAUAGUUACAACGCUGGAAUCCUUCUCUCCUCGGAAAACAGUCGUUCUUUCUCAGCCCCGGUGCUGAGCCUAGAUAAGAGACACCACUGGCGGGGCAUCCAUACCUCAUCCUCGUCACUCGUACUUCAAACGAAACCAGAGAGGUCCAUUAGCCCCGAGAGCAACGAUAGCAUAUCAGAAGAACUCAACCAUUUCAAGCCUAUUGUCUGCUCGCCAUGCACUCCACCCAAAAGGCUUCCCGAUGGGCGACUGUUGGAGCCUACGAUCGUGAAGUCAACCCCAAGGAACUUGACACGCUCUCUGCACAAGUCCACAAGCUACGAGGCCAGCCCGACCAUCUUGCAGAAGUGGAAGCAGAUUGAAGUUGAUCGUCAGUGCAUCAAGGUGACCUCAAAAGGUACAGUCACGAGUCCGAUCGCAGAGGACGUAAGCCUUAAACUGAGUCCCGUUGAAGAAUGGGACAGCCGACUCUGCAGUUGUGCUGUAGCCAAGGACAGCUCGCAAGAUCAUCAGUGCAUUUGUGAUUCAAGUGCUAAGGAUCGGAAGGAUAAACCUGUAGUCUGUAAUAAACGACGGCUUUUAUUUGAUCAUUGUAGCAAAGAGGAAGCUCGUGCUCGCAUCAGGUCGACAGCUCAAACCAUUGCAGAUAAUUUAUCCGCAAAAAGGCCUAGCAGAUGUGAAGAACUCUGUAAACCCACAGAAAUUUGUGAAGCGAUGCUUGAUAAACACGCUGGACACUGUAAUCACGGUACGAAAGACCCGGAGAACUUCGUAAAUGAGCCUACCACCAGGAGCUGUGUACUUAACAGACCUACCUCAAGAAGGGGCAAGAAGAGAAGCCACAAAACCAAACAUUUGGACAACACCCUACAGACAAAAGUGUCCCGGACAGAUGUCUGUGACAGGCUUGAUGAUAUGAUUGUCCAGCGAAUGAAUCGGGAAAAGGAGGAUCGAGAACUGGCACUAAAGCUACAGAGACAGUUUGACAGAGAACGUAAAAAAGUGGACAGGUACAAAACGAGUCGUAACAAAUACGAACUUCGGUCCUGGUCUACAAAUGCUGGGAUAGUAGGACAUAAUACACGCAGAUCAGAAAGAAUCUCCAAAAGAAAUGAGCACUUUAACUACAGCUGUUAAAGUGACCUCCGGUUAUGGUAGUGUUUUAUUGUUAUGAUUUUAUUUUCUUUGUUGAGGCACUACAGAGGCUUUCUAACAUCUAGAUUAGUAUUGCAAGAUAAGGUAUUUACUUUCUUGACUUUUCAUUCAAAGCAACUUGCAUUAAUCGAGCCAAUCCUGUUCCUGGAGAUCUUAAAAAGUUCAUUUUAAACCAAGGUCAAACACAACUGAACCAACUAAUAAAGAUCUUCAAGAGCGCUUGAUAAUUACAAACCGUUGUGUUGGAUCUGAACUCUGCAGGAAUGGGAUUUAUAAGUCUUUUUAGUUCUUCAAUCCAGUGAGGAUGACAGUACUCCUUACAAUCCCUUUGUGCUCAUCACAAUUGUUCCUCAAGAAGUUUGCUUGCAUGUUUUAUGGCCAUCAUAGGACAUUUGUUAAACCUGAAGGUGUUUUGUACAAAAUUGUAGCAUAACUCCUUUUAUUUAUAACUUAUAGUGUCUUUGAAAGAUCUCUCUUGACACAUCCAUCUAUCAGACAACUCUUUUGUUAACAAUUUACAUGGAAACGAGUAAAAAUUGUAGCCUUAGGCCAGCAAACUACUCCACACAAGUACGUAGAUGCAAAUGCUUGCUCAACAAUUUGCAAGACUCGCAGUCUUGUUGUACGUAACCUGUUUACUUUGUUCUUGUUUUACUGCGAUGGAAACGAACCUCAGUAACUCAAUGCAGUGAUAGAAUUACCUUCAAAUGUUUCUGCCAUUAACCAAAAUGUAUUUUUUGUAGCUCUCCCUGUGUGAGAGGGUUAUGAGAUAGCAGCGGCUUGAGUUUAAAAGAGUACACAUUUAUAGCAUAUUAUAUUUAAUUAUCGUGACUUAUGAAGAAAAAUGGAGCAGCUGCUGGACAAAGAUGAAACUUUCUAGAGCGCAUGCGAUCAAAUGGAGUGUACUUUGAAAGGCGUACUCGAAGUACAAAAACAAAGUAUACUUUGGACUUAAGGCAGAUUUUUUUAUCUGGCUAUUUAUAUGGAAUCUGAAAAUUGUGAGUGACUAUUGUACUUAGCUCCAAUAGCAAUUAAAUUACAUCAAGGCAAUGAUUUGAUUGGUUUACGAGGCAUACCAUGAUCCAGGUUGACCAUUAUGCUUUUUUUUUUGGGCCAUAUAGAUUGGUAUCGCCCCGUACAGUAAUAUCU